GAAAUAUGGACAGAGAGCAGGCGCGCGUCUCUCUGCUUGUAGUGCUGCUCACCGGCACUGUGAUUGCAGUACUUGCUGCCAGUCCAGCCGCCGGCGACACCAUGGCUGGGCUAGCCGGCAGGAUGGGCACCGCCUACAGAGUCGACGCGGCGGCGGCGCAGAAGCUGACACCGGUGGUGCACCGUCGCGUGCUCUCCAGCCUCGGCAACUCGGUCCUCGAUCCUAAUAGGCCGGCAUGCGUCGGUCGGUGCGGGGCCGCCGGGCAACCGUACACCGGCCGGGGAUGCGUGCGUUCGUACCAGUGCCGUGGCUAGUGCUAAGUUGGCGCCGCAUCUUGACAAGACGCGCCGACGCAAGUUGGGUCGAUCUGUCGAUGGCACGCCGCUAAAUUUGCACGCAUCCAAAUAGUACGAGCGUACACCCCUUGUUUUUUUUGUUCGAGCGACACCCCUUGGUAGUUGAUUCGCCGUAACUCGUAAGUGGUUGAUCCUUGGACGUGAUAAAUCUAUCGUUGCUUGGUGUAAAAUGUCCUCAUGUCAAAUGCUAGAUUGUACUGUACGUUAUUCCUA